AUGCCUUCUCUCAAAACUCUCCUACCGGUCCUCCUCUCCCUCGCCACUGCCACGAUAGCAGAUAACAGCGACAAUUGCCCCCACAACUGGCUCUCAAACCGCUACAAAGACAGACGAUGCUGCUACGGCAACAUGCUCAUCGAAGACACCACCGCCUACUGUUGCGUCUACGAAGUGUACGGAUACGAAGAACUCGCGACGAUGUCUUUCCCCACUGAAACCGCUUCCACUUCUACCGAGCACACCUGGUCCAAGGAAGACGGCUGCUUCACGAAGAUCCCGUUCACGGCGAGUGAUUACUCGGCGCGGGUCUCGUCAGCUUCGGAUGCCAUUGCGGCGUCAAAGACGAAGCCUGCGUCUAAUGAGGCUGCUUCUACCAGCGGGAGUACGAGCUCGGCGACGGGGUUGGCUUCGACAUCUGCAUCUGCAUCUGCUUCGGGGUCUGAAUCUUCGACUAAUGCGGCUAUGCCGGUCGCUACGGCGCAGGGGAUGGUGCUUGGUGGUGCUGCACUUGCUGCUGCUUUGUUUGUGUGA